CCAACGUCCACUCCCGGCAACUGCACUGCGCUCGCUGCGCUCGCUGCCAUGGACAAGUCUUUCCCUGCUGCUGUAGCACUGGGUGCUGCCGCUGGUGCACUGGCAGGCGUCGGUCUGGUGCUUUGGCAAACGAAGAAACCAACGAAGAAGCCAGUGGACCCCAGUGUGAUGAACAGACUACGUCAGUCCUUGGUGGUGCCAGUGGUGACCGUGCAGGACGCCUCGCAAGCGGCUGCCAUGGUGCAAGCGCUGGUGGAAGGUGGCCUCACUUGUGUUGAGGUGGUUUUCCGCACCGCUUGCGCGGAGGAGGCAGUAAGACGCAUGGUGGAGGCAGAGCCACGAGCGCUGGUGGGUGCGGGGACGAUCCUAACGCCGCAACAAGCCGAGCGCGCCGUUCAGGCGGGUGCACGCUUCAUCGUGUCUCCUGGCUUGAACCCAGAGGUGGUGCACUGGUGCCACGCCCAUGGCGUCGUCGUGAUCCCUGGGGUCGCGACCCCCACCGAGGUGGAAACGGCGAUGCGCCUGGGUUUGGAGGUGCUGAAGUUCUUCCCGGCCGAGGCAAAUGGUGGGGUGGCCGCGCUGAAAGCCAUUGGCGGGCCAUAUUCCAAGCUCACCUUCAUGCCCACAGGAGGUGUGAACGAGAGCAACCUAGAGAAGUACCUAAGCCUUCCACAAGUGGCUUGCUGCGGAGGCAGCUGGAUGCUUCCGCAGGACGUGGUGGCACAGGGCGACUGGCGCAAGAUCAAGUCCUUUGCGCAAGAGGCUUUCCAGUUGGCACAGUCCAUCAAGAGGAAGGGCAAGUGAGAGCGCGGAGUCGGAUUUCAGACGCCAAACGGCGCAGACCAGGAUCUUCUUGGCCAAGCGACCAGGGAGUUUUCUCUUCCACAAACGGAUCUCUUGCAAG